UUAUACAUUGCGAUGGUCAGAUAAUCUAAUGAGGCACGCUGAACUAAGAGGAAUGCAGAUGGCCCACGAUAGAGAGGCAUGGUGUAAUGAAUCGAUGGCCUAUGUCCAGAGGUUGACUUAUGGGGCUGAUUGGAGAGAUAGUCCACUUCAUACCUGCCGAGGCAUUCCAGGGAUUUGACACUGGUUUGAACUCAGACCGGCACCAGAUAUUCCGGAUUCGGUGACCCAACAUGAGCGGUCCGUUCAAGCGCCGGUCUUCCUUGAAGGCCCUUCCGGCAAUCGGCAACAUCAGAAAAUCCUCCAUAAGACGUCCAUCAUCUGUAGGACUUCCAAAUACAGGCGUAACUUCUGCGACCCAAGAAGUUCCUUGGGAUGUACUGGAUCGGUGUAUUUUACCGAUUAUUUGUUGUCACGGUGCCGCGUUCACGCUCAGUAACGUUUUCAAUGUUUUAAAUGUGUCCCAUGUGAGCACUUUUACAUUGUUCGUGUUUUUUACUAUUGUGGUGCUAGGGUUAGUGUUCUUCUAUCAUAAUUUGAAGAUUACGGCCGCCGGGAAAGCAGUCCUAAUAACUGGAUGCGAUUCUCGUAUAGCCAGCGCCCUCGCACGUUACCUCGACGAACAAGGAUUUACGGUUUUUGCAGGAUUCCAGAAUCUGGAAGAGAGCCAAACAGCUGUAGAAUUGAAAGAGAUUUGUUCGGCUAGAUUGCACGCUCUACAGCUAGAUGUCACCAACGAAACGCAAAUAUUAUCAGCUUCGUUGAGCGUUGUAGAAAAUUUGCCAGAUGGCGCACACGGAUUAUGGGCUGUUGUUAAUGCUGCUUCUUGGGUGGCUUUAGGAGAAAUUGAAUGGAUUCCACCACAGGUCAUCAAAAAAGCAACAGAAAUGAACUUUCUUGGGCCAACAAGGGUGACCCAAAUUAUGCUUCCAUUGGUACGUAGGGCAAGAGGCAGAAUCAUAUACAUGACAUCUGGACUAUGCAGAAUAGCGGAUCCAGUUAGGGGAAUUCAUUGCGGAUUAUUGGCGGCCAUCGAAUCUCAAGCUGAAUGUUUGAGAAAGGAAUUGAGAUCUAGAGGUGUCGAUGUUGUUGUGGUAGCCCCUGGAGAAUUGACUUCUGGCAAUACCUGGGUUUCGGACGAGAUUAUCUUGAGUCAAGCCAGGGAAAUGUGGAAACAGUUGUGUCAAGAACAAAGACUUGAAUAUGGCGAGAAAUAUUUCGAAACUGCUGUCAGGAGCUUGGAAAAGUAUACCAAAUCACCGGAUACUGAUCUCACUGCAGUUUUGAAGGCGCUGAAUGACGCAGUUACUCGCACUUUUCCAAUGAUUAAAUACACACCAAUUUCCAGACAAGAGAAAAUAAAAGCUUUUAUUGCUGACUAUUUUCCAAGAAGUGUUUAUGACAUGUUCUAUUGAUAAUGUUUCAAAUUAUGUUCAAAAAAAUUUAGGUAGGUACUUCUGUAUCUAAAAUUGUUAAAAAAAUAUUUUUUCUCCGAAUGACAGUAAAAGCAGCCUUUUAAUGGCACUUGACAGGAUCAAAAGUUGUAUUUUUACUGUCACUCUAGGCAGUAAAAGUGGACUUUAACUGCCUAGGCAUUAAAAGUGACAGUGUCACAACGUUCCAGGUAAUAAUUUCAUUCAAUUUGGUAUUUGAAAUUGUCAAAAAAAAUUAAUUAUUUGGAUAAUAACAAUGAAUGAAAUAAAUUUAAAAAUGAUGUCCAUGUGUGAAUUUGAACAUUCGGAGAAAAAAUUAUAUGUUUUACAUGGCAGAAAAGCAGAUUUAAUGCCUCGGCUGGUUUCCUAGCCUCGGCUAUGAAACGCCAGCCGCGGCAUUAAAUCUUGUACUUUUCUGCCUAGUAAAACAAAUAACUAUUAUUCAAUAGAGGCCUAAUACUCAAAUAUUUGAAGUCGUGGUCAGAUAACUAUGAUUUAUUUUAGAAAAGUUUGUUAUGAAAUUAGGGUUUUUCAAAUGUAUUGGAUUUUAUGAAACUAAAUUUUAGAUGUUAGAACCUCUAGUAACGUUGGUCAUUGUUUAUUCUAGCUCUAGAUUUUUUUUUUUUUUAAAUUGCUUUUUUUAGGUAGGUACAACUUUAAUUUUGUGUGUUACCCACUUCUUGUUGGAUUUCAAUAAAGCGUUUCCCAA